GGGCGAAUGGCGCCGCAAACUCUAAACAAGCCUUCAAACACCCCUCGACUGGCCAAUUGUCGUCAAUUAUAGUUGACUCAUUCAAUGUUCUAUCUUCGAUGCCCUCGAGAGCAUCCCAGUGUUCAUACAGUUUUCUACAUAUGUACAGACGUCUUGCGCAGUCGCCUCAGAUUCAUACACCAUCUUCUAGAGAAAUUUCCCCUCGUACCACCCCUACACAUGAUGGCGAUCCCGCAAAUCAAGGACCCUUCGGUGCGGUACCUGCAAACAGCCCAGGCCUACGAUUUGUGGGCCCAAGUAUACGACACAGACGGCAACUUCCUGCAAGCAUUGGACUCGAUUGAGAUGAAAGUACUACUUCCCAAGGCUUUGGCAUUGGUCGAAGAGUCUCGACCGUCUCGACCGUGGAAGCUGGUCGACUUGGGUUGUGGAACGGGAAGAAACACCGCUGCUCUGCUAGAGGUUGCAAACAGUACCAUCGUUGGGCUAGACGUCAGUCCCGGUAUGUUGCAGGUCGCCAAACAGAGGUUGAGUCAACUUGUCGGUUCAAACACACUCCACGUGGAGGUAUUUGAUCUGAUUCAGCACCAAACGCCGCCCAACGUCGCUCUGGGAGCCGACUUAGUUGUGUCGACGCUCGUCAUUGAGCACGUUCCCAGUCAAAUUUAUUUCCGUCAGGUGGCAUCCAUCCUGAAACCUGGAGGCAUCCUUCUCUUGACAAAUAUGCACUCGGACAUGGGGGCCAUCAGCCAGGCUGGGUUUGUCGAUCCCACCACAGGAGACAAAAUCCGACCGACCAGCUAUGCCCACACUUUGGGAGAUAUCAUGGCCGAAGCAGAGAAGAAUGGCUUGGAAUUGGUAGAUGAGAUGGAGGAGAGAUGUGUGAACCGCGACAUGGUCUCUAAGCUCGGUGCUCGGUCCGAAAAAUGGGUGGGCGUGACGGUAUGGUUUGGCGGUCUUCUGAAAAGGAAGCCCUCGGGCAGCAAUCAUGACUGAACCGAGACGCUCUCGGUUCGAUCGCGGCUCAGCCUGAAGAAUCCUCGCAUCAAUCGGUCCCUGUGACUGACCAAAUUGGAAUAUUGCUGCAAUUCCAGCUUGAGGUCGAGAUUGACCCAGUCAAGUUCGUCAUCGAGGAUGAUCUGGGUGUAGGCAAAAAGGCUGGCGUCAAAGAGUCCUGGGGUGGACUGUCCGAAGAAGAAUUUGUUGUCGCCGAGUAGUUGGGAUAAGGCGCGGAAGGCGUGUGAGGCCUGCCGGUAUAGAUAGUGGGGGUCUAUAACUGGACUAAAUUUCAACAGCUCGUCUCUUGCCGCCUGUUGUAGUUGAUGUGCAAGGGCCCAGUGGACGGGCAGAGCGCUGGAUACCGAAGUGACGUACAUGGGUCGUGCCACCGAUUGGAAAUUGUCCUGGUCGAGGUAGAGGUAGUAUAACCAAGCACUUCUGAUGUUGUGGUCGAUCAAGGCAGCAUAGGCAUCUUGACGCCAGAUGAGAGGGUCUUCUUUUCCUCCCUGCGAG